AUGAACCUUGCUGGCAGUUUUGUCAGUCCUUCCUCCCUCCCAACUUUGGUUGAGGCAAAUAGUUUUGCCCCCUCGUCACCACCCACAAGUGGAACAAAAAAAACAAAGGCCAAGGCGAGUCAAGAAUCUGCUGGUGAAAAAACAGAUAAACCGUUGCAACGGUCAUCAAAGAUAAAGGCCUUAGAGCGGAAAGUUUGGAAUGAGACAAUGGCCAACAGUCGUAAGUGCGCACCCACAGUAACUGGACUGCAAUCAGUACCUGCAGCCAAGUUAGCACGGAAGACACCUGCAGAAAAGCUAGAUCACAACAAUGCAGACCGUGGUCAAGAAGCACAUGAAGAUAUCAGUUGUGCUGAAAGUCAAGUGUCAAUUCAAGAUAAUGACACCAUUAGUGAAUACGGAGACAGCGACCAUGCCUCUGAAAAAUCAGAGGACGAUAUGGACAACGAUAUGGAGUUUCCUGAAGAAGAUGAUUUGAGUCGCUCUCCCAGGAGGAACUCGUCAAAGAGAUUCCCCAUUUUGUGCACACGGCUCGAGCUGCCAGUACGCAUUCGCUGCCUCCUCGCACGGCUAGAGCUGCCAGUAUGCAUUUGCAAUCCAGCAGCAAUGUAUCUGAAUGGUCGUCAAUGGCCUCUGGCACUACCACCGGUGUUUUCUCAGGUUGAUGUUGCUGACUUGGACUCGGAGAUGCCGUUUCAAGUUGCUGACAAAGCCUCUGAUGGUCAUUCCAAGUGUUAUUACCGUGAAGCUUCAUCAACAGUCACCAAACACCAGCCGGACAAGAAGAAAGACAAGAAGAAAAGGACAGAUGUUACUCGCGAGUCAGCUCCUGAGUUGGACGAUAAAGAGUCUGAUUAUUCCUUUACUUGGCCCGUAUUCACAGAUCUAGUCUACUCAGCAGAUGGCUCUAUUAACCUCAAGGCUCAAAACACCCGGAUACAGAAUGUGUUGAAGACCGCCAUGUUUGAACUCAAGAAAGCCUCUCUCUUCGACAAUGCAUUCCCCAACAUCACUCAGAAGUGA